CUUUUCUUUCUGUGCGUUUAUGUUUUCUCUUACAAAUCUCUCGUUAUAUUCAUUUCCCUCCACGAAUUUCAAUUUCUCCAAAUUUUGACUAAAUUCACCUAAAAAUAUCCUGAUUUUCGUUUUUUUCCAAAUGUUAUCACCAUUUUGUUUCUGGGACUUUUUUUUUUGAAAUCCCCCUUUCAAUUCACAUAAAUCUUACAUUUUUCAAAAAAAUACAAGUUUUUCAUCGUUGAUUCUGCAUUUAACCUAAUCUGAGAAUCGGGUAUCUAAAACUUAAUACUCUUGAAUUGUUUUUUGUGGCCAAUUUAGGGUGGAGAAAAAAAUGCGAUUGAUUUAGUAGAUAAUAAAAGGCAAAAUUUGCAAUCAAUGGCUUGUUCUAUAGGCAAAGGAUUUACUAGGUUGUAUAAAAAUGACACAAUUUCAUAUUCUUUUCCCAGAAAAAUCUCUAAUUCAAAUUAUUCUCAUAGUUCAAGAAUCAAUGUUACCGACAAAAAUGGAUUUAGUUUAAAGAGUUGUGCUGAUUUCGAGGAUGAAGUUCUCAACUCGAGCAGUGAAGAUUUAGAUUACAAAAUAAGGGCAUUUAGGCUUUCUCAACAACCCUUUACAGAGGCAGAACUUCUUCUUCAGUUGCAGGAAGAGAAAACUAAUGGGGUUUUGGAUAUUAAUGGUGGAGCUUGUGAAAGGGGAAGUUCUACUGUUUUUUCUGAUGGAAAUUCAUUGCCUGAGAAGAUCGUUGUUGCUGUUGAUGUUGAUGAAGUGCUGGGGAAUUUUCUAUCAGCUUUAAACAGAUUUCUUGCUGACUGCUAUUCUUCAAUUCAUUCAUUGUCUGAAUAUCAUGUUUAUGAGUUCUAUAAGAUUUGGAAAUGCUCUCGUGAUGAAGCUGAUAUCCGCGUUCAUGAGUUCUUCAAGACGUCUUAUUUCAAGAACGGAAUCUACCCACUCCCAGGAGCUCAAAAGGCUCUCAACAAGCUAUCAAGAUAUUUCAGCUUAUCUCGUCAAAAUGUUAUUAAAGAUCACACAAUCGAAUGGCUUGCGAAACACUAUCCAGGAAUGUUUGAGGAGAUUCACGUCGGUAAUCAAUUUGCUCUGGAUGGAACAUCGAAACCCAAGUCGGAAAUCUGCAGGUCGAUUGGAGCGAAGGUGUUGAUUGAUGAUAAUCCAAGAUAUGCCUUAGAAUGCGCGGAAGUCGGUGUAAGAGUACUACUUUUUGAUUAUGAAAAUGCUUAUCCUUGGUGCGCGACUGGAUCUAAUCGACAUCCCCUAGUUACUGGGAAGAAGUUGAACACAAUUAGAAUCUUGGAUGUUUUCAUCGUAUCUAUAGCAUAGCACUAGGGUAUCGGGUUUUUGAUCCCCUUGUUUGGAUAGCAAAAAAAAAAAAAGAGAAUUUGAAAGAAAGGAAUUUGGAGGAUUAACUCUCUUUAUUUUGUUAACAUUCAAAUUUCUCCAUAAGAGGAAAGAUUUAAAAAUUAACUUGGGGUAAAAUUGAAAGUUUAUUAUAUAAAGGGUAGCAACACAGUAAAAAUGAUGGCGAACUUUAGUAAUGCCCUUGUGCUUUAACAUGAUUUUCCCCUUUUUGCAAAACCCUAAGUCCUAUGGAAACGAGAUGAUGUGGCUUGUGCCUGGUGGUCGGUGAGAAACAAUUCUUUCAUUACUAAUUGUUGUGAAAGACGGUCUUUGUAAUGGUUCGACUUAUUAGUAAGUGUUUAUCAUAUGAAAGAUAGGUUUUUAUCAUAUGAAUUUUUGUCAUACGAAAUAUAGGUUUUUAUCAUAUGAAAUGUAGGUUAUAUAAAAUAUAAGUUUUUAGCAUAUUAAAUAUAGGUUUCUGUUAUAUGAAGUGUAGGUUUUUAUCAUAUAAAGUGUAGGUUUUCAUCAUAUGAUAUGUAGAGUGUAUGUAUAUAUAAUAUAUGUAUAUAUCAUAUUAAACGUAGGUUUUUAUCAUAUGAAAUGUAGGUUUUUAUCAUGUAAAAUUUAGGCUUUUGUCAUAGGAAAUGUGGUGUAUGUACUGAUGUACAUAUAAUAUAAGUAUAUACUAUAUUAAAUGUUGGUUGUUGUAGGUGUUUUUGUUAUCUAAUGUAGGUAUUUUUGUUAUGUACUGUAGGUGUUUAUAUGUCCAUUUUAGUAUGCAAAAAUACUUAUAUAACUAGUUCAAAAUGCCUACAUUAACUAUUCAAAAUGCCUAUUUUAGUAUACAAUACCUACUAAAACUAGUUCAAAUGCCUACUAAUACUAGUUCAAAAUACCUACUAAAAAUUAUAAUAGGUGUUUUUGUAAAAUUUGUGUGCGUAGUAGGUGUCUCGUGAAUUGUAUUGAGCUUUGGGAGUCAUCUCUCAAAGAGACGAUUUCUCAGGAUACCACUUGUUCUUCCUUUAAAUAAAACCAAUCUUUUUUUUUUAUUCAGAUUUAUUUUAUAUAUUGCGCUAAUGUUUAAAGAAAUAUAGUCAAAAUCUAAUAGUGUAUUUCAUGAUAUUAAUUUUUAUAAUUUGUAGUUAUGCAUAACUCAAUAUAAAUGAUCAAAAUAACGCAUUGAAUUGCAUAAUAAAGUGACAUGUAGCAAAUAUAAUGAAACGGAUGAAAUAUAAGA